AUGACCUUCCUCACUCUGACGCCUUGGUUGCGCUGUAAUGUGUAUGAUGAGGAUGGAAGGGUCUGGUACGAGGAGUGCGUCUCGGCCAGAUUUAUUCGGCCUGUUGAAGAGGCCGUGAGGGGGGCGCUGAAGAAUGCAAAGUGGGACCCCCUCCCUCCCAAGACUGGCAAAGGGAAGAAGGCCACAGCCGUGCCUUUGCGGCCGAGUGCCCCAGUCGCGACCGUGUCCAAAGCGACAGCCCCUCCUUUGGCUAGAGAGACGGUCAUGACCUCGGCCGCGACCCCAACCUCCAGGGCGACGACUGCGGCGGGGGCGCGAAAAACCCUAGCGCAUAGGAUCAUGCCAUCCUUUCCGCCUGCUCGGCCGAUCGCUGCCGUCGCCCCAGGUCGUAAGAGGGGUAGAGAGGCUGCGAGUGCCGAGGUCAUGGUGACCGAGGGCACUCCGGUCGAAAGGGUCGCGGCCGAGGGCGAAGUGGUGGCCGAGGAAACAGCUGCUGCCGAGGCGAUGGUCGGGGAGGCGGCCGCUGCCGAAGUGGUGGUCGAGGAAGCAGCCACUGCCAAAGUGGCGGGAACGCUGGAUGCCGACGCAACCGCCGCCGAGGUGCCAGCUACUGAGGCCGCCACCGCAGAUACAUUAGACAGCGAGGAUAUCACCGUGGAAAUAGCACGGGCCGCCCUAGUGGCGCCUCCUCCGGUUGUUUCUGCUGUGCCUACCUCAUCCGUCACGGCCUCUAUUGAGAUACCGCCAGUCAUCCCCCGCCGUCCAAGCGGCAUUGUGAUCCGUUCGCCUCCCAAAUCGUCAUUGCCUUCGUCCCCGGCCCUCAUUAUAUCGAGCUCACAGCUCGUCCCGGCCGUCGUGUCUAUGCCUCUGGUCCUUACAUCCCAUGAAUCGACGGUCGUCACUGAGCUCGUAGUGGUCGAAGCUACAGCCACUGGUGUGCCGAGCCCGCCGCCGGUCUCGUCGACGGUCCUGACCGAGGUUGCAGUUGCAGAAGUCCUCGCCGCGCCGUCGUUCGCUGAAGAACCUGCCUCCUCAGAUGACCUUGCCGAACUGUAUGCCAGCCUCUAUGAGGAGGGAAGUAGCUCAGCCUCGGCCCCUUUGGACGAGGAUUCCAGGGCCAUCGUUGAACGGCUCCGAGAGUUCUUAUUCUUUGGGGUUCACCAAAUGACCACCGUCAAGGCAUUCAUGGAGUUCAGGUCCUGCUUGGAUGCAACUAUGGCGCUCGGUCUUCUAAACUCGGCUCAGCUUGAUGAGUUACAUGCUCGCUUGGCCGAAGGCGAGGAAAUGAUCGGCCGGUAUGCUGAAGCCACUAUGAGGAUGGCCAAGGGAUGCUCGCUCGAGCAAGAGCUGGCGGUAAUAAAGGAGCAAGUCCGACCUGCGAUGGCGCAAUUAAAAGAAAAUGACCUUGUUGUCCAGAGGGAGAAUGAGGAACUCGCGCAGGUUGAGGCUCAGAUAGCCAAACUCCAGGUCCGUCGAGCUCUUAUCCUUCAGCGCCGAGACGGUGCGGUUGCAGUCGGAGCCGAGCUAAAGUCUUCAGCCAAGCAAAUCCUCAAAGCAGCAACCGAGAAGAAGAAGGCAUUGGCUGAGAGGAAGCUGAUCCGGGCGACGUGGUAG